CCGUAAUAUUGUUCUUCUGGGCUAUCCCUCUUACUUCCAUCGGAAACGUCAAGAGACGGAAGAGGAAGCACCGCAGCCAGCACCACCUGCAGCAGCCGUAACACGACGAUCAAGAUGACUUCCUCGUCCUCCUCAGCUCUCCGAGACAUUCAGCGCGACCUCGAAACCAAAGCCAACGAUCUCAGCAAGAUCCAAAAAGAUAUUGCAAAGAACCACCAAGUUAGGAAGAAGUACACGAUCCAGCUCGGCGAGAACGAGCUCGUGCUUAAGGAGUUGGAUUUGUUGAAUGAAGGUGCGAAUGUGUAUAAAUUGAUCGGUCCGGUGCUUGUGAAGCAAGAUUUAGCUGAGGCUAAUGCCAAUGUGCGCAAGAGAAUUGAAUACAUCUCUGCUGAAUUGAAGCGACUUGAUUCAACACUUCAAGAUUUGGAAGAGAAACAAAACAGCAAGAAAGAUGCGAUCUUAAAGCUGCAGCAGAGGAUACAAUCUCUCCAGGCUGGAAAAGCAAAGGCCUAAGUUAUAUCAUAGGUUUGUUCAACUAGUCAGCUACAACAUUUUGUUUUUCUUUUACAGAGCCUUUAACCUAGCGCUUUCCUCUCUUGUGUCUUAUUGGUGGUACUGUGUGCAUUAUAUUUGUCUCCUUUAAUGUUUUCCAAGUCAUAAUGGGAUGCUAAGCUACUUAUGCAAUGUAACAUGUCCAUUUAUGUGUCUUUUAAUAUUUUUUUAUAAGUUUAUCUGUCUUUACUCUUGUGGCUCUGAUCCAUUGUCCUUCCCUGUGUCUCUUUUUCCUUUAUCCUGUCAUUCUGGUUUCUGUCAUUCUAUGUGUUGAAUGUAAUGGUCAUAUGACUCAUAUCCCAUUGUUGAGGCUAUAAUCUAAUUUUCACAGAUGGUCAUUCUGGUUUCUGUCAUUCCGAUAAGUUGGAAAGGGAAUAUACUAUCUAUAUUGUCCUAUGUGCUUAUCAUUAUCUGAUUUUCACGUGGUAUCAGCUUCUUCAUCAUCAUACAAUCUUUUGAAAACUUUAGCUGAGAUAUUGCUUUCUUUGUAUUGCUCCUGCUACCGUGCAAACUGCAAAAUGCCAUUGUGCUCUAGCCACAAACCUUCGAACCCUAUCCCCGCCAAUGAAAUUGCCUGAUAAGACUACGGCUUCUUUGUGGCUUUUUGUGAAUUUCAGAGCUCUAAAGAUGGCAUCCACUAGCUCUCUCCCCCACCCCCAAAAUUGGCUUUAGCAGGGUUCGUACGUUUUCAUGCAGAAAAAGCCUUAUGAUACUGCAAAUGUGAAUUGUGCGUUGUCCUAAGUGGAUUUGCAUCUGGAGCACUAGGAAAGUUGUGGGGUUAAUACCAAGAUUUUCAUUUCAGUCCCACAUGUUUCUCUUGUUGGUGUUUGGAAUGCUACACUUUCUGGCAAGCUAUUUGCAAGAUCAAUAAAAUAAUUGACAAUAU